AUGGAUGACUACGGCGACCCACGACCGCGGAAGCGCGCCAAACUAGCAUGCACAAAUUGCAAUGCACGAAGAGUCAAGUGUGAUGUGACAGAUCAGCAACCGUGUCGCAAUUGCGCCACGGCACAAGUCGUGUGCGAAACGCGUGAGUCCAAGCGCGGCAAACAUCCCCGGAAGCUGCGAGUGGAGAAUGAAAAGCGCAAUGGCAUCGUCAAAAUUGAUAACGCUAAUAACAAUGCAAAUUUGGGCAUGCUUCCUGAGCGUCAUGACGACGAUAUUGCGGCGUCGCACGUGCUCGCCUCCUUGUCGACAAAAUUCCACAGCCCAGCUGAAAACCAGACUGCGAACAAUGAAAUCGACUUCCAGUUCGCUACACCUCGGACACGUUCCGAGUCGCAGGUCGGAUUCCAACAGACUGAAACCACUCGACCAGAAGACGAUGCUGCAGUCUUUCUAGGCGAGUCCAGCUCACUCCGCUAUGUAACUGGAGAAGAGACACGGGUACCUGCGCGUGAUCGGCCACGACUACGCCACGCCGUUCCUAAUGCUGUAAAAGCGGAAGCGCUUGUCCCUGAGUGGGAGGCGGAGAGACGUCGCAAAAGGAUGGAAGCACUCCAAGCUGAAGGGGCUUUCUCCUUCCCUCCAAGCAGCGUUCGUAUUGCCCUCUUGGAGGCCUAUUUUCAGUGGUUUCAUCCACACUUUGCUAUCGUCGAUGAAGCAGACCUCUGGGAGUCUCAUCGUCAAGGUACCAUUUCACCACUCUUGUUACAAGCUAUGCUCUUUAUAGGGGUAAUUCACUGCGAAGAGCUGACUUUACGCAACCUCGGGUGGGGAAAUCGCCAUCGAGCAAGAUACAUCUUCUAUAUCCGCGCCAAAGACAUAUACGAUGCAUCUUAUGAGACAAACAAGGUCAUUGUCAUUCAGGCUGUGUUCCUGAUGAGUUUUUGGCGUGCUGGUGCGCUCCUGGAGAAAGAUGCUCGUCAUUGGCUGUCUGCUGCCAUAAGUCUAGCGCAAACCAAAGCACUGCACCGAUCUACAGGGGAAUCUGACGAGAAGUCUGCGAAGCUUAAACGGCGGUUGUGGUGGGCCAUAUACGUCCGUGAACGUCAAUGUGGUUCUGCUCUUGGCCUCCCCAAUCGUAUUCGCGACGAAGACUGCGAUGUUGAGCCUCUUUCCUCCUCAGAUUUUGAGUGGGCUUACUUGCCUACGACUUCACCUAUCGACAUGGAGCGUUACAAGGAUUACGGCGUUGGCAUGGUACAGCUUGCCGUCUUCCUCGGCAGGAUCGUUGAUGCCGGUUACUUACCAAAUCAUACACUCAAACCCGAAGAUCGUGCAACAAUCAGGGACGAGCUCUACAAAUGGAAACGGGAACUCCCUCUGGUCAUGCAAGUUUCAGCCGACACUGUUGACGACUCAAGUUUUCAGGCCAGCAUGCUGCAUCUCGCUUACAACAACCUACUACUGCUACUUUACCGGUCACAUUUUAUCAACGAUGAGGACAGCAGCGCCGACAUUGAGGGCAACAUAGCUUUGCAAGCAGCCGCUCGUAAUUCCCGUAUUGUAGAGGAUAUGUUGCCUCGAGGAAACAUUGGUCAUGCGCAGAUUCAUGUCAUCACGAACCUUUUUAACACACUCUGCAUUCAUGUUGCGCACCUUAGACGGUCUACAGGCAUCAACAGGACACUGGCUGAGCACCGUGCCAAGUUGUGUCUCUUAGGGCUACAAGAAAUGCAGAAGACGUGGGAAGUGACUAACUGGGUACUCCAAAUGUUCUUCCGAUAUAUCGACCGAUCUACUGCUGCGCGACUUGCCAUGGAAGCCGAUGACAUUGGUAUCUCCAGCGUGGCAGCGCCGAGUGGGCACGCAACACGCGACUCAACGCCCUUGACACAACACGGCCACAGAGGUGAUGCCGAUGAAGCCAACGCGCUAUCGUCACUGGAACAAACAGACAACCAUCAGCCAGAGACAGGAACAACACCAUGGUCCUGGACUACAGACGAAGCCAACCAGUACCUCUUCGCGCAAAUAGAAAAUGACUUUGCCUUUGGCGAGGGCGGCAUGCUGCAAUGGAGUCCGAGCGAGCUGCUGAACGAUACCAUGACACCCGUCUUUAGCUCCAACGGCCUCGAUCCUGUGAAUGGAAAUGGAGGCCCGCCUGGUCUGUGA